GUAUUGGGUAAUAGAAACUGAAUUUAGCAUCGACAUGUCAGCGAUCCACUAUAAGUUCUCAAGCAGCAAUGAUUACAAGAAUGUUACGUUCGAUGGAAUCAACAUUUCACUCCAAGAUUGUAAGAAAGCAAUAAUGUUAAAAGAAAAAUUGAAGAUGACGGAAGUUGAUUUGCUAAUUACGAAUGCUCAGUCCUUACAAGAUUAUAAAGAUGAGUCAGCGUUGAUACCAAAGAACACUGCAUUGCUCGUUAGAAGAAUUCCAUUAGGUGCUGUACCUGACAAAACAAAGGUUUAUGUUGUGAAGAAGAAUGAGACUGCUGCAUCUUCUAAAUCCGAUUCACACUACAUGUCUCUUGAAGAAUUACGAAAGACAGAGGACCUGGUAUCUGCAAAUGCAUCAGAACAAGACAAAAUCAAGGCUAUGAUGGAUCAGUCAACUAAUGAAUAUGACCCAUCAAAAUAUUUGAGACCACCUAAGUAUGGAAGUUAUCAACGAUAUAAUGAUCAUUCUUCUCUCACCUCGUAUGUGAAAUGCUACAAAUGUAAUCAAUCUGGCCAUUAUGCUAGUCAAUGUCGGAUAAAACCGGCAGCCGAACGACCUAAGCCAUUUCGUCCUGCCACUGGAAUACCAAGAAGUCACAUGAUUCAGGUUAACAAGGAGACAAGGGGUGCUAUGUUGACAGCGGAUGGUCAAUAUGUGGUUCCUGUUAUUGACAAGAAAGGGUACGAUGUUGGCAAGAAAGAGAAACCCCCAUUUUUACCCGAGGUUGUGAAUGAAAAAGAAGAUGAUGAAGAUGAACCAGUACCUGAUGAAUUAAUUUGUCUUCUGUGUAAAGAAAUAAUGCAUGAUGCUGUGGUGAUACCAUGUUGUGGCAACAGCUAUUGUGAUGAAUGUAUUCGGAAUGCAUUAUUGGAAUCUGAUGAUCAUGAAUGUCCAACCUGCCAUAGGAAGAAUAUAUCACCGGACUCUUUGAUUGCAAAUAAAUUUCUAAGACAGGCUGUUAACAAAUUCAGAAAUGAGACUGGCAUAUCGAGAAAGAAAAAUGCUCCUGUUUGGCCAAGACCUGCCGCUGUCGAGACAAAGCCUGUUCCCACGCCUCAACCAACCAAGGUGGUGGCAUAUGGUCCACCAAAAGCAAAGAUACAAUAUGGCCAGUCAAAGCCAUCAACGGGGGGAGCUUAUGUUGUGAAAGCUCGCACUGGUCAGGUGUACAAUGCAAUGGGAUAUUCUGUUAAAAAAGCACCAGCAAAUAUGAUGCAACCAUCUACCCCAGUUGUAACUACUGCCGCUACUACUAUGCCUGUUAAGUCAGAAACAGAAACUCCUGAAGAUGUAGUGAAACAGGAGCAAGUAGAUGUUACAAAUUCCCCAGCUACUCCAGACCAACCGCAUACAACGAAUGUGACACCUCAAAGUGAUGGGUAUACUGUGAAUUCGACUCCUGAUUCUGAAGAAAGGCCCGAAGAUACAACAGUUGUUCAGCCUUUACCACCAGGUGUAUCACCAGAGUCUAUUGUACCGCAACGCAGUGCAGUUAGAACAUUGGAAAUUCAAGAUGAUUUGAGUAUUGUGAACAGUUCAAGGUUCAAGUUCACAGAGAAAAGACGGAAAAGUUGCCCUUAUAGUACAAGAGUAGCAUCACCUGCUACUGUUGCAGGAAUUACACCCUUGAUGUCAGUCAAAACAGAGCGGCCGAAGAUUAAUGCAGUGAACAUGAUGAUUGAGCGACCGCAUGAGGAUUCUCCACCUCCUCCGCCACCACUGCCACCUCCUACAUCUAGACAACCUGAGAUUGAUCCAGCUCUCAUAGAGAACAUGAAGCAUCUACCACCACCGUCUAUACCUGUUUCAGAACAACAACCAGUACCAGAACCCCCUGUUCCUCGCCCCCCACCUUCUUUGUUAGAUGAUAUGCCUCCUAUGGAAACUGCCAAACUUCCUAUACCUUCAUCACAAGGUAUUAAUAUUACCCUUAGAAAUGCCCCAUCUGUGGAAUUGAGACCUGAAUUAAAUCCUGCUAUACUGGAUCCGCCUUUAAACAUGCCCCCUCCAAAACGUCCUGGACAGCAGCUUGCCCUGCCGCCUAUGAUUCAAGGACCUCCAGGCAGCUUUCCACCACGUAUACCUGGACCCAUGACACUCCCACCACCUGGUAUGCCACCCAUGUCUUUGGCAAUGAGUGUACCGCCACCUGCUGGCCCUUUGGGUGGUCAUUUGCAUCGUAUGCUUCCUCCUCCUGUGCUACGUACUUCCGGUCCACCGCCCAAUGUUCCUACUUCGAUUCCGCCUCCUGGCAUGACAAGACCUCCAGGAAACAUGUCGAUUCCGCCCCCUAUGUUACCACCGGGUGUUCGAUUGCCUUUUCCACCUCCACCUGGAGUUCCUCCACCAGGCAUCCCACCCCCAGGUUUUGUUAAACAAUCUCCUCUUGGACAAGCAGGGAUAGAUAGCCAAGGAUUACCACCACCGCCUGGCACUGGCACGCCACCGUCUAUACCUACUUCAGUUGCACCAAAUAACCGUUCUAGAGAAAGACAUCGUGGGUCUUCUCGAUCGAAACAUCAUGUGAGAGAAGAAAGAUCAUCAAAAUCUAGAAAAUCCAAGCUUGCUAUGAUGUCUGAUGAAUUUACUAAAGAUUUACAAAAGCAAAGAGAUAAAGUUCCGAGGAAGCGUCGAACCAGGCGAGGGAGAUCAGAAUCCAGGUCAAGAUCAGGAAGCUAUUCAUCAUCAACAUCCUACACUUCAUCAUCAUCAAGAUCUUCAUCCAGAUCUAGUUAUUCAUCAACUGCUUCUUCGUCUUAUUCAUCUUCUGGAUCUUACACUGAUUCAAGAAGUCGAUCACGCACACCGACACGUCGACAUCAAAGACGAACGAAACAAAGAAGAGGCAAAAAAUCAGAAUCACGUUCGUACUCAAGAACUCCAAGCCGAUCCCCAACCCCUGAUAAAAAGAAGAGAGGCAGAAAACAGGCUGUAAAACAUCGCAAAUCUUCAAGGUCGCCUGGAAAACGAGGCAGUGGAUCUAGGCGUAGAAACCAUUCAAGAUCCCGUUCUACCAGUCAGUCUUCACAGCGUCAUGUACCAUCCAGCAGACACAGAAGCGAUCGAGAGAGGCGCAGAAGAUCUCGUUCUAAAUCACAGAGUAAAGACAGUCACAAAACUGACGGAAGAGUUCAGAAUGAGUCUGAGGCAGUUAUACCAGGAAUGCCACCUCAGUCGGUACUUGACUAUGAAAGAGAUAUUGCUCUGUAUGAUUAUUACAAGCAGAAGUAUGAACAAGACUGGUUGAGAAGUAGAGUUCUUCCACCAUCACCAUUCAAACGAUUCAUCAACUAUGAUCCAACAAAAUUUCCACCACCUGUUGUUCACUCUCAGCCUCAACCUGUUUUACGUGAGAUUGCUCCUCACUCGAGUCUUAUUCCAAUCCAACAAGCUCCUCCACUCAUGAUGUACCAGCGACAACCACCCCCUCCUGGUGAUGCAACCCCCACUGAAGAAGAUGCAGGAAUGUUGGUAUACCGUGACAGAACCCCUGAGCGUUAUCAUGUUCGACCAGGUCCCCCUGCACCUUGGGAUCCACCUGCUUUUGAGGGAGAUUUGGCUGAACGAGAGAGACUUCUUAGAGAAGAAGAAUACUAUAGAAGAAUGCAGGGACAACUCGUGAGACAAGAACCAUGGCCACCGAACCACAGAGGGCCACCGGGUCCUGCUCAUCAUUUUGAUCCGAAUGCUCCUCGAGCUAGAAUGGACCCAAGAGCUGGAGAUAGAGGCAGAUAUCAUGAUGAACGACGUAGAAGAGGAAGAACCCCACCAAUGGAAAGAGGGGGACGUGAUCGUGACGGGAGACCUUAUGAUAGGGAAGAUGAGCGUUAUUCUCGUCGCAGAAGACCAGAAAUUGAAGAAACCGCCAGAAGUGGGUCACAAAGAGGUUCAAGAGAUCGUGACCGGGAUAGAGAGAGAACAUCAGAUACUUCGAAGCGAUCUAGCAAUGCACGUAAAGAAGGUCGUUCAUCUAGAAGAGAUGAAGCUUCUAGUCGAUCUUCGCGAAAAGAAGAAGAAACAAGAUCAAGGAAGAGAACCAGAGACCAUGAUAAGCAACAAGAGAAGAAACCAGUAAUCGUGAUUCUAGAAGUAAAAAAAGAAGCAGAGGAGGCCAGAGAACUGAAACACCAAGGGGACAGAAACAUAGAGCCAGUUCCUCCUGGUGAAGGAGAUGGAACACCAGUCCGAGAUGAAGCUCUUGUUGAAUUCAGGAACGAAAGCAUAAAAAUCAAAGUAUUCAACGACAAAGCGAAACCAAGAUCAGAAAAAUCAAGGAAUCGGGAUAAAGGUUUCUCGAGAGAUCAAGAAGAUGGAAAACACAGGCGUAAGAGAGAUGAGAGAAUUAUUUCAGACAAGAGAGACUCUCAACGUCAAAGAAGACCUAGAGAGCAAAAAAUCUCAGGAGGUGAAAGAAAAAUGACUGCAACCAACAGGGAAGAAGGGGAUAAAAGAACCCAGAGUCCAUUACCUGGGGUAGAAGAUAGAACUCCAGAAACGAAAACAACUUCCGAACCAGCUAUUGAAAGAUCACCCACCCCGACCCUUGACGAGAAUAUUUCACCAGUUCUUAUUGAAGGUGCAGAUGACCCUGUUUUAGAUGAUUUGAUGGAAACUACUACUCCACAGCCAGAAUUGAUGCCUGAAUCAGUUGAUAACGCUUCUAAUGAAAAUCCAGAAUUGACUGAAAAUGAAAACAAGUCGCACGCAAUGAAUGAAAUUCCAGAAAUCAUUCAAGAGAAACUUGAAGAGGAACUGCCCCAACAACCAGAGCGUAAGAAAAGUAAAAGAGUGAAAGGGUCACGCAAUGUUUCUAAAACAAAACAUAGAAAGAAACCGUCACCCAGGGAGAGUAAUAAACAGAAGGAUGAAGAACGAUCCCAAGUUGUGGAAUAUGAUGGCUCAGGUCCGACACCAACAGGAGAUGAAUUGGUGCAGAUUACAAUUCCAAAGUCCAAGUGGGAGUCAGAUGAUGAAUCGGGGUCGCAGCGAAAUGACAAGGUAAAAGCUUUAACUAAGGUUUCUCCAAAACCUGAUAAAAAGAAUGCAAAAUCUAGGAAAAUUCGCCUCAAGAAACCUGGAAAAUCAAGUAACACAGAAGCUAUUAAGGAAGACAAACAAAAAAAUAAUAAUCAGGAUGAAGAAAAUGAAAAUUUGAAAAAGAAUUCAGCUUCAACUGUGCAAUCAAAGAAGUCGACGCCAUCUCCAGCGAUUAGUGACAGCCGAAGAGUGGUUGUAUCGAAUGAACCAUCUGCUGAUAUUCACAGUUCAUCAAAACAAUCACGAUUGUUACGGCCGUCGAUUUCUAACAUUGAUGAAGCCUCAUUCGAACCAGAUUACAGUGGCAACGAAAGUGAAAAAGCAUUAUCCAAUUAUGCACCUUCCGAUAUUGAUGCUAGUGACCAUGAAGAGAACAAAAAAGCCCCAAGAGAAAAAAGACUUUCAACCUCUAUAACUGAAGAACCUAACCCUCGCCGAAAAGAAACAUCUUCUAAAAGAGGAAAACAUAGUAGCGAAGUGUCUCGGAAAGCAAAGGAGGAAAAAUAUGAGGAUGAAUUUGCGGAUUCUUUGCCAGAAGGAAGUGAAGGUGAUUAUGAGAAAAUGAAGAAGAAAAGGAAACACAAGAAAAAGAAAAAGCAUAAGAAACAUCACAGACAACAAAGUCAAGAUACUGAGGAUGAUAUUUCAAUAAGGGAUGAUUAUGAUGACGAGAAUUUAUUUCAAACUGAUUCUGACGAAGAAAAGUUCGAGAGAAUGAGGCAGGAAGAAGAACGUAGAAAAAUUGAGACAGCACAGAGACAAGUCAUCUAUCAAGAUGAAAGAUAUAGUAGCAGAAGGGAAAAUGGAAAGUCUAAGAAAGAGCAGAGAUCAGUGGAGAGGUCUGAAAGAGACCAAAGAAGACAUCAUAAGCACGAAGAUAAACAAGUUAGCGAUAGGAAACGAAGAUAUGAAGACAUUGAUGAAUAUUUCAGCGAAGAAGAAGAUAGACGAUCGAAGAAAAAAUAUCAGGGGUCAUCUGAGACUAUGAAAAGAAAAGAUAAGAGGCGACGAGUAUCUGACAGAAGUGAAAGAUAUUACGCGGAAGAUGAUUAUAUGAAUGAAGACGAAUACUAUCAAUCACCAGAACCGGAGGAAAGAAGGAAACACAAACCAAAAAAACAGAAAUUUAAAAAAACUAAAAAAGAACCACUUAAGGAAGUAAGAACAGUUGCAUCGAGAAUACAACGUUCCAGAUAAUAUCUAUCUCAUGAUUUAACUCCUGUAGAGAGAAUAUCUAAUGCAGCCUGGGGUUCCGUUUUAACUUGGGUGUGGCGUGAACUGACAGAUCUUGACUGCCCUACAAAUAACAUUAUGUGGACUAGGUGGAUGAAUAUCUCUGAGAUUGUACAUUAUUUUCCAUCAUUUCUGCGCGAGGUUUUUUUUUGUAAAAAAAAAUGAUAUGAAUGUUUUUUUUACUUCAGCCAACUAAUGCGUAGUAAAACACAUAUAAUUUCGGAAAGACGACAAUUCCUAAUAAAUUUGUCAAAUUUUCUUUUUAUCAACUACAGUGCUAAAACCUAGUAAAUGUGAAAAUCCACUGGUGAAUCUGUAAUAUAUUUAUAUGCCAGGAUAUUCCUGCUUAUUAAAUCAAAAAUUAGGAUCAGUAAAAGUGUGAUAUAUAAUUUAUGAACAAAUUAGGAUCUUGAAGCUUGUUUUAGAAAUGUUAGCAGUUGAGAUUUUGCUUUGAGAAUGCUGAAAACUAAAAUAUAUCUUGGUCGUGUGGCACUUUCCUGAAAUUAAUUUUGUGUCCCUGUUCUGGCAGCAAGAACGUGAACUUUAGUCAGUAAUUCGUGUUGUGAAUUUUUAUUCCAUGUUUUUUGUUUGUUUUCAACUGUGUUUUAGUCAUUCUUACUUUUUGACUGAGAUAGAAUCAACGAAAAAUAAAUCGGGUUCAAUCAAAA